CGGACUUCCUCUGACAAGCCACUGCCUCUUACCUCUGAGGUGAAUUCUAUUUUCAGUGAGAGAGCAUCUUCAGUUACAGUCGACCUCGACCUGGUCCUCAUGCUGCUGAGGCUCUUGCUGUUGAUCUGUGCUCCACUCUGCGAACCAACUGGGCUAUCCCUGACAGCCAGCCCCUCUCGGCCCACAGAGGGGAAGUCAAUGACCCUGGCCUGUAAGACCUUUCCACAGAAGUUAGAUGGCCAGCACCAGUUCCGCUUCUACAAAGAUAACCGGGCUCUAGGACUGGACUGGAACAGCUUCCCAGAACUCCAGAUUCCUGCCGUGUGGAAGGAGGACUCAGGAUCCUACUGGUGUGAAGCAAAGAGCAUGCAACAAAAAGUCACACGGAGCCCAAGAGUCCCGAUAGAAGUGCACAGAGUCCCCGUCAGUAAUGUGAGCUUGGAGAUACAACCUCCAGAUGGACACCUGGUGGAGGGAGAGAAGCUUGUUCUUGUCUGCUUGGUUGCUGAAGGCACAGGAGAUAUCACCUUCUUCUGGUACAAAGGGGCCUUGGGUUUAAACCUGGAAGUGAAGACCCAGCGUUCACUGACGGCAAAGUUUGAGAUUCCUGCAGUGACGGAAAGUGAUGCUGAGCAAUAUUACUGUGCAGCUGACAAUAGCUUUGGCCCCAGGCUCAGCGAGCUGGUGAGCAUCACUGUCAAAAUUCCAGUGUCUCGCCCUGUCCUCACCCUCACGGCCCCCAGGGCCCAGGCUGCGGUGGGGGAUGUGGUCCAACUUCACUGCGAGGCCCGGAGAGGCUCUCCCCCGAUCCAAUACUGGUUUUAUCAUGAGGAUGCCACCUUGAAGAACAGCUCAGCCCCCUCUGGAGGAGGAGUGUCCUUCAACCUCUCUCUGACAGCAGAACAUUCUGGAAACUAUUUCUGUGAGGCCAAAAAUGGCCAGAGGGUCCAGCGCAGCGAGGUGGUGCCACUCAACAUCACAGUGCCUACAGAAGACAGAAAAAAACUUCUUACUUCAGGAGCCUUUGGCAUCGUUGGUUUCAUCACUAUGGCCCUAUUAUUUUGCUGUUGGCUCAAAAGAAAAAUAGGAAGACGUUCAGCCAGGGAUCCACCCAGGAAUCCUCCCAGCCCUGCACCCCAAGAAUCCAACUACCUCAACUCGCAAGCCCCAGGGCAACUACAGCCUGAAUACGAAAAUGUGAACCUUGUAAGUGGAGACGAGAUUUACUCUUUGGUGUACUGCGUGCAGCAGGAACAGCACUCAGCAGUAGACAAACCCCUGGGGAUCCAUACUGAGGACAAGGACUCCUUAGACAUCUAUUCGAGGCUGAAGAAGGCAGAUCUUACAGAUGUGGACUAUGAAGAUGCUAUGUAAAGAAGGUUCUGCUCUUUGGAAACCCCCAUGACCCCACACCUCAUAACUAAAAUGCCCUUUGGAAAUCCUGGGGGAUUCCAUUACACCUCAUCCAGGUGUUUUCCUCCAUAAGACGAUUUCUGCAUCUCCUGGGAAGUGACGUUAGCUCCAGCUUUGAAGGGAUCACCCAGGAGAACCAACAAGAACUCAGGAAUGGGAAGAUCUUUGUUGUCAGAACCCAAUUCCCAUUGGUACUUUCAGGUACAGGUCAAACUGUGCUCUAACUUUUUACAGGAGAAAACAGGAUGGGAUAAAAGAACUUGAGAUCUUGGGGUAGAGGGACAGUGAAGCUUAGAGUACACAAACCCAAGACUAGUGAUUUUGUGGGACUGCUCCAUACAGAGAGCUACGUCCACCAUCAAGUGCUUUCUCUGCUCAGACAGUACAGAGCUCUAACCCUACCACUUACAUUAAUCAUCCUAUUUCUGCAUAAAAUAUGUGGCUCAGUGCAUUUGGGGUCACUGUUACCAAGUUAGAAUUAAAACAAAGUUACAUAAAAAGUUAUUGUGGUUACACUUAAUUUUAACACUGUAUUUUGUAUGCACAGGCCAGUCUCGAUGCUCCCCUAUUUAUAAUGAGAUGUAAUCUUAGUAGGUUUCACUGCAUCCAAAGUUCUGUAUUUGUUGCAGCCUCUAGAAGCUUUAUGAAUAUAAUUCUUUCUUAAUUUACAAACUUUUUGAAAAUACGUGAUAACAUGAUGUGAAGUCUAUAUUUUAAUUUUAAAACAAUCAUAAGCUAACACAUAAGUUAAAACAUUUUAAAAGUAUGUCAUAUAAAAAUCAAAGCCUUCCCUAUAAACUGACACCAUAAGUGGUACCCGUUGUUAAAUACUUAGUAUUAUUAAAAAUCUUCGUUCUGCACACAUUUUUAAAUUUUUUUGUAGAAACCCAUUCUACAUAUGUGUGAAUAUAAAUUUAGAAGUAUACCUAUGUAAUAAAAUAUUACAAAAUAUUUUCAAGUCUGCGUAUAGAUUAUCGUACUGUUGUAAAAGGUUGUGUAGUACCCUGUUAUAUGAUAAAUCAUAAUAUGUAUUUUCUUUUUUAUUUUGUGUUUCUUCUACUUUUUCUUUUUUAUUGAGGUAACAUUGAUUUGUAACAUUAUGUAUGUUUUAUGUGUAUAUUCUAUUUUUUAAACUGAAGUGUAGUUGAUUUGCAAUGUUCUGUUAGUUUUAAUUUGUCUUCCGUUUACACUACAGUGUGCUUACCACCAGAAGGUUAGUUUCAAUUUAUUACCGUAUAGUUGGCUCCUUUUAUCUAUUUUGCCCU